AUGACUAGCCGUCAGAAUGAAUACUUCAUCCCCGGAGAUGGUAUUAGCCGAGAAGUAAUUCAGGCCGACAUCUGCCGUUACCUUGGAAAUGAUGCUUUAGUAAGACCUGGAAACCACAAUGGUCGCGCGGGAUUCUUCAUUCGCGCUUAUCGAAACCUCACAUCAGAAAUGAUUGCUGAUCUCAAGGCGGACUCCGCCCGCUGGGAAGCAGACGUCAGAAGUCGUGCUGACCAAGGUUAUCCCCGGGGCAGCUACAUCCAGGACUACAGCUACUCUCAACCUAGCCGGGCUACACCAACCUACUCAACCUCUAUGGGAAGUUCCAUGCACCCUGAAAUGUCCCAUGGUCAAGGCCCUUCUCCUCCUACAACCUACGCUGCUCCGCCGCAGCAGUAUUCUGAGCAGUAUCACCAAUCUGGCUACCCAGCAACUUCAAGUCCGUCAUACUCAAAUGCUCCGUCAUAUCCUUCAAACCACUCGGGCUUUGGAUCUGGUCAGCCCCCAUACCCUCAACAUAUCCCCUACAGUGCUCCAACCCAGCCUCCUGUGACUUCUGAGGUCCACCCUUCAUAUACUUACGCCAGCUCUGGCUAUGGUUUCGAGAAUGGGCGAAACAAUGCCCCUCGGUACCCUGGUCCUGGAUAUGAUGCCGAUUCUGAUUAUUCUCCUGUUACUACCGGAAUGGCUUAUCCUGCUACCACUGCCCCUGAUCCACGGAUAGGAAUGGAGCCCAGAUACACACCGGAGUCCACAUAUGACCGCAGUAGGCCGCAGCCAGCAAGAGAAAGAGAGGCUCCCCGCCGAACGCGGUAAUUGAAGAAUGAUUCCAAUGCUCCCUACGAGCACCAGGUGUCUGUCUGAUACCGAUGCCUGCGCUUCCUAAACAGGAGGUGCUGCGGGCUUAAUGAAUUUUACGCCAUGAGAUUUUUUCCCUCUGUCGCUCAUACCCUGGAGCCUUUUAUGGAUCUCUUUUUUAUGCCUACAGGAAUUAUCAUGCCGGAAAAAAGUGUGCUUGAAUCAUUGUUUCGGGCCAGAUUGCAGCCUUGGGGAAGCGAACCUUAGAAUACCGGACCUUGCUCUAUUUACCAGGACGUUGUGGGCGUCAUGUGAUUGUUUUUGCCGAGUGUCUCCGUUGGCGUCGGCUGGUUCCGCUGGAUGUGUUCCUUUCUCGCUUUCAUGGAAGACCACAUUGGCGUUUUAAUAAAAUAUCCACCAAAUAUUUGUGAUGCUAUGAAAGGUGGCUGUUUGGCUAGUUCAUCUUGAUGUUC